AUGGCGGUCAACCAGAGCCACACCGAAAACCGCCGAGGGGCCAUCAUCCCUUACGGCGAAAGCGUCCUGCAGCACUGCCACGAUGUGGACCUCUCCUUCCCUCAGCACCCGGAGGGAUCCAAUCUCUUUAGUGGUAAAAGGAGGGGAACGUUGUUCCUCACUUCAUACCGGGUGAUCUUCGUGACUUCGCAGUCGGUCAGCGACCCCCUGUGCUCUUUCAUGAUGCCGUUCGACCUCAUGAGCAACUGCACCGUGGAACAGCCCGUCUUCGACUCCAACUACAUCAAGGGAACCAUUCGGGCAGCCCCAGAUGGUGGCUGGGACGGGCAGGCUACCUUUAAACUGGCCUUCAGGAGGGGAGGUGCCAUCAAGUUUUCCCAGAUGCUGAUGAACGCUGCCUCUGCUGCUGCCCGAGGAGCUGCACUUAGAAGUGUAAACUACUGGUUCGGCAGUCCAGGGCUGUUCGUCGUUACCGGGCAGGGGGGCGUGCUAUGCAACCAAGAGAUGCCUUGUCCAGUUGUUGUCUAUGGGCCCCAGCCUGUGAGAUACGGAGCCCCACCAGCAGGAUAUGGAGCCCCACCGGGAGGAUACGGAGCCCCACCAGCAGAAUACGGAGCCCCACCAGCAGGAUACGGAGCCCCACCAGCAGGAUACGGAGCCCCACCAGCAGGAUACGGAGCCCCACCGGGAGGAUACGGAGCCCCACCAGAGGGAUACGGAGCCCCACCUAUGGGAUACGGAGCCCCACCACCUGUAUACGAAGCUCUGCCUGCGGGGAACAGAGCCCCACCGCCUGUAUACGAAGCUCAGCCCGCAUACCGCUGGGACCCACAGUCCUGCAGCUGCCCAGCCUGCUGGACACGAGGCUUCUCCUCCUUCCACCUCGUCUCCUCAGGCCCAUUCACCAUCUUCCGAGAUGUGAACCCCGAAGACUCUCACCCAGCAAAGCGGCGCCACGAAACCGAACGGCUCCUCACAGCCUUCAGGAUGAAGUCCACCCUCCUGAUUUUCACGUGCACGCGGAUCCUGUCAUGCUCCUUAGUAUUCAAGGCUCUGUGCAGCCUGGCCGCCCCAGUGACCCUCCGGCUGCGGGACCCAGCCGAGCGGAACUCAGUGCAGACACUGAACUGCAUGGCCUCUGCCUUCCUCCCCACGGCAUUCGGCUCAUCUUUUGAAACGGCUCAGAAGUUCCUCUGA